CCAAUUUUGAAUGUAUUGUUAACAAGGAAAUGCUGGUCGGACCAAAUUUACAUCAAGACAUCCUAGUUAUUCUAGAAAAAUGCAGGAGUCUUACUCAACUCAAGCAACUUCAAGGCCAUCUCAUCACCAUUGGCCACGGACAAACUCAGCUUUAUGCAUUCAAGCUUGUUCGUUUCUGCACCAUCUCUCUCUCCAACCUCAGUUAUGGUCGCUUAAUCUUCAAUUACAUCACUGUCCCCAAUGUUUACCUUUAUACUGCGAUGAUCACUGCAUACACUUCCCUUCCUAAUCAUAAAUCUUCUCUCUUGUUAUACCGUGAAAUGGUUUGUAGUGGCUUGUCAAAACCCAACCAAUUUGUAUUCCCAAUUAUUCUGAAGUCUUUCCCUGAAGUUACAAAGCCUUAUGGGGUUGAAAUGGCGCAUACCCAUAUUGAGAAGAUGGGUUUUGGGAAAUACCCUGUUGUGCAGACAGCUCUUUUGGAUGCUUAUUCGAGGUUUUCGUCUGAUAUUAGAGUUGCACGCCAGCUGUUUGAUGAAAUUUCUGAGAAGAAUGUGUUUUCAUGGACUGCGAUGAUAGCGGGAUAUACUAGAGUGGGGCGAAUGGGGGAUGCUAUUUUGCUUUUUGAAGAGGUACCUCAGCAUAUAAGAGAUACUCCUUCUUGGAAUUCAAUAAUUGCAGGAUGUACACAAAAUGGUUUGUUUAGUGAGGCCAUUUCACUGUUACGAAGAAUGAUUGUUGAGGAAGGGAUGAUUCAAGGGAAUAAGCCUAAUGAGGUUACAUUUGCAUGUGUACUUGGUGCUUGCGGGCACACUGGGAUGCUUCAGCUCGGGAAAUGUAUUCAUGGGUACAUCUAUCGAAAUAAUCUUCAUUUGAAUUCUCUUACUGUAAAUGCUCUCAUUGAUAUGUAUGGAAAAUGUGGUAGCUUGAAAGAGGCAAGAAAUAUUUUUGAUAAGGCUAAUAGGGGCAGUUUGACAUGUUGGAAUUCUAUGAUCAAUUGUUUGGCUCUUCAAGGUCAUUGGGAAGGUGCUAUUGGAGUUUUCAAAGAUAUGUUGCGAUAUGGAGAUGAUGUAAAACCUGACACAGUGACUUUUAUUGGCUUGUUAAGUGCCUGUACUCAUGGAGGAUUGGUGGAAGAGGGGCUUAGUUAUUAUGAUUUGAUGACACGGGUAUAUGGAAUUAACCCUGAAAUUGAGCACUAUGGGUGUUUAAUUGAUCUUCUCGGACGAGCAGGUAGGUUUGAGGAAAUUAUGAAAAUCGUGAGCGAGAUGCACAUAACACCAGAUGCAGUUAUAUGGGGUUCCUUGCUUAAUGGGUGCAAAAUCCAUGGGCGUCUAGACUUGGCAGAAUAUGCACUAGAAAAAUUGAUUAGUAUUGAUCCCAACAAUGGUAGUUAUUACUCUAUGCUUGCUAAUUUAUAUGGGGAGUUGGGAAAGUGGGAUGAAGCUCGAAAGGUAAGGAAGAUCCUAAACCAGCAGAAUGCUUAUAAAGCACCCGGUUGCAGUUGGAUUGAGCUAGAUAGCCAAGUUCAUCAGUUUUAUUCGGUAGACAAAUCUCACCCUAGAAUGGAAGAGAUAUACUCAAUUUUGGAAUGUUUGUUUGAUUUGCAUUCACAUUAGCAUGUACCUUCUUGCUAAUUUUAAUCUUCCGAAGAGACUCACAUUCCUACAUCCCUCUUAUAACCAAGAUCUGAUUUAAUUUGGAACACCAGUUGCUUCUUGAUCAACAGCUUGCGCUGAUAUGCAGCUUUGGCAUAUGCGCUAGACACUAGCUAAUUCUAGUGCUUCCGGGUUAAUCUGGAACUUUAUGAAGCAAGAAUUAAGGAAAAUCAUUGAUGGAACACUAAUGUGAUACUCCCACCAAGUCUUUGUUUAUUCUGAGCUUGAAGAUAAUGGUAUUCACUUUCUGCAUCAGACAUUCAAAAUAUGGAGUUAUUCUUAGCUACACGGUAUGACAUAUUGCAUCAGACUUUAAGCAUAUUUAUCGCAUGUCCAAAUGCUAAUUUCAUCUAAUGAUUUCAUAUCGCGAUAUGAAAUCGCAUGUCCAAACGCCUACUUAGAACAUCAGCAAUCCAUAUACUUUAUGGAAAUUUAGACGAUAUGGUCUGUUAGAAAUGCAAAUUUAUCCUAAUAUGAUUGUAUUCUUUGAAAGCUUUGUUAGUCAGUUCUUACACCCUAUCUUGUUUAAGGCUAAAUGUUUUAUGUAUUUUCUU